GUCACUUUUCAUCUGCAUUCCGUACUGAACACAUCAAAAUUCUCUACUAGUCUAGAGCCUUUUCCUUUCUUUCUUUUUGGUUCAGUAACUUUACGGAUAUGGGCUGUACACCUGGCUGCGGAUCUUGUGGACCCUGCUGCGGUCCUUGCGGUCCCUGCUGUGGACCUUGUGGGCCUUGUGGUCCUUGUGGACCUUGUGGUCCUUGUGGACCUUGUGGUCCUUGUGGGCCUUGUGGGCCUUGUGGCCCUUGUGGUCCGUGUGGGCCUUGCGGACCCUCUUGUGGACCAUGUGGAGGAUGUGGACCCACUCGACCCAGCUGUGGACCCACGGAAAAACGCAACGGCCUUCAAAAAUGCACUCCUUAUGGCCCCGCUUCUGGAGGCUUUUGUUGUUAAUUUCCAUUUCAAAGACUUAAUGUGUAGAAAACAUCCAUCACCCAUUGAACCAUACAAUUCCACCAAAGGAAGAUUUGCUAAAGGGAUUACUAGAUUUGAGAUUUGGUCAAUAAUAAAAUGAGCGGAUCGUAAAGAAAGUUUAA